CUCAUAGGAGAUAUAUAAACGGAAGCGCAGGCGAACCGCCGCGUAGUUCGCGCUGGGACUUCGAGGGCUGUUUCUUGGUCUCCGUCGCUGUUAAACUACAUCGAAAAGAAAUGGCGUCAGAUGAGGGGAAAUUAUUUGUUGGUGGACUCAGUUUUGACACCAACGAACAAUCACUUGAGCAAGUUUUCUCUAAAUAUGGACAGAUAGCUGAAGUUGUUGUUGUAAAAGACAGAGAAACCCAGAGAUCCAGAGGAUUUGGCUUUGUAACUUUCGAGAAUAUUGAUGAUGCAAAAGAUGCAAUGAUGGCCAUGAAUGGGAAGUCUGUUGAUGGCCGCCAGAUCAGAGUUGAUCAAGCAGGCAAAUCAUCUGAAAACCGGUCUCGUGGCUAUAGAGGGGGAUCGGCUGGAGGCCGAGGCUUCUUCCGUGGAGGCCGAGGUAGAGGCCGUGGAUUCUCUAGAGGAACUGGUGGAGACAGAGGUUAUGGGGGCAGCAGAUUUGAAUCCAGAAGUGGGGGAUACAGUGGAUCCAGAGACUACUAUGGAAGCAGCAGAAGUCAAGGAAGCUAUGGAGACAGGCCUUCAGGAGGGUCCUACAGAGACAGCUAUGACAGUUACGGUAAGUCUUUAAUCGUGAGGGAAAGGCGGAUGUGCUGACAUGGGAAUGUGUGGAGCCACUCUUGAUCUUGCAAUGAUAACCUUGGAAAUAUUGUAAGGUUUGCUUGGAGCUUUUGCUGGCAACCUCUCCCCGCCCAUGAGAGGCACCACUCCUUUGGCAGGCCUUAAGCACUUGUGCCACAGAAAAGCAAAAACCCUCAUUAAUGCAUGUGUAGCUCUAGUUGGAUCCAAAGGCAAAGCAUCCAUAACUAGUUUUCUGAAGCUGAAAACAACGCCCAGAAUCCUCAAGCCCAGAAGGAAAAAAGAAUACAAAUGGGUGGGGCAAGAGAUAGCAAGCUAGUGUUGAAGUGCUUGGCAAACAAGUAGGGGAGGAAAAAAUGCUGGAACUUGUCUGUGCUUCAGUGCCUUUACAACUCUGCCUGCUUCUUGUCCUCAGCUACACACAACGAGUAAAAAACCUUCCUGGCUCAAGAUCGUCCUUCCAUUGGCUGUAUUUAUAAAGAUUUUUGGAGCUUCGCUGAAAUCGUUCUUGUGUAGUCAUCUCCUUUGUAUUCUCACUUUUGUAGUAAACUCGCAAUUCUGAUCUUGUCAAUAACACAGCCUUGACAGCUUCUAAUACGUGAUGGUCUGUUCAGACUCAAAGAAAGCUCUGGGUUUUUCUCUCGAGUGUUUUAAUUUUUUUAAAGCACUUAAGAUUUUAGUUCAUUUGUGAGCAAAGGCUUGUAUGUGUCUUAGUUUUUUGUUUUUUUUAAAAAAAGAAAAGACCGGAAGGUUUUGGGGCCCCGUAUCUGUUUUUCUUUUGAGCAAGAAAGGACCUUAAUUGUUCAGUAGAAGCUGAGCAAGCUGUGAACUCUUUUUUGUUUAGUGCUUCAUUUUGUUAAAAAAAAAAUUGAAUAAAACUUUAGUGUAGCAAGGUAUUGUAGCCUGGGUAUGGAUUUUAAAAGGCAACCCACCUUGAUAUAUCUAAAGAGAUACUUUGCUUGUAUGUUCAACCUGCAUUAAGAGACUUUAACUUGUAUGCCAUAAAAUUUAACCCAGAGAGACUCUGCAGAUUUUACCACCCAAGGGGUUCAUGGAAAAAUGUUUGUUUCUAUUGUCCUUUUUUUACUGAAAGAAAGUAUGCCUAAUUCAAUUGAUGUUGUAACUUUGAAGUGGUGAAAAGGAUUUCUUGUACAGUUUCCUUUGGCUUCACGAAGCCUAUUAAAAGUCCAUCUGAAAAAAAAUCUGCUCUUGAAAUCUUACCUCUUGCUGCACAACACAAGUCUGGAUGGCCGUGAAACAGUAUACAGUUAGACAGGGAAGAAGCAGUGAGUGGCGAGUUAACCGAGGGAGAAUACGGCCCCACAUUUCUUACGGAACAAAGUGUAAACAAUGCUGUGCUUUCAGGCCUAGAGACAUCAGGCAGUUUGAGGGUGAUUGAAACAAAGGUACCAGAGGACAUCACAAAUCAUUUUGCCCUUAAUGGGGUUACUUAGCUUUGGCUGGAAUUGAUCCAACCUUUGAAAGAAGAAAAUAGAUUUCACUUGUUUAAUAUGCUGCUAGUGGACUUAGAUUAAAUAAGACGGGUAGCUCCAUACUAAAAACAUGGACUAGCUUACUAGCCGAAAGCCAGCCAAACAUUUAGCCCAUAAUGGAGUCUCUUGUUAACUGGGUCAGCUGCCACUAGUCUGACAGUGUUCCAAGGCCGAUAACUGUGACCUAAUUUAGCUAGCUUUGUCGUUGCCUUUAAAGUUCUAAGAAUUUUCUGCUAGCAUAUGGAAAACUGCAGUGCCUUGGCGAAAAAGAAGUGUUGUGCCUCCAACAGAGAGAACCUCUGAGACGAAAGCUGCUCUCUUGGCUAGUUCAUAUGUGGGGAUAGUCCUGUAAUUCGAGGUAACUCUUUUCCUCAUGUCCGCAUCCUUCCUCCUGUUGAGAGCUCAUAUAUAUAAUUUUUUUUGGAAAGUCAAUGUUAACCUAUGUGAACCACAUUUUUUCUGCCAACUUUGUUCAGCUAAAGCAUUUUUUAUUUUUAAAGUUCUUUCCUAUGAUGAGUCUUUGGCUUUUAUGGCAUAACUUUGAUGUGGGUCAGAAGGGGGCAUACGUGCAGCCAUCUCUUUGCCAAUAGGGUUAGAGGAAAGAUGGGGAGCUGAAUUCCGCUCAUCUCUGGAGAUUCUUCCUUAAGACUUAAGUCACGUAACUGUAAUGUACUUUGCCAUCUUGUUUGCAUUUUAACUUUUUCCCCAUAGCCCACACUGUUCCUAAGCAGCCAUUAUCAACCGUGACUAACUGCUUUUUGUGGGAUCAGGUGCCAUUGGCCGGUCCGAGGGAAGCGUCUUGGAACAGUUGGCCCAAACUGGGCUCUUGUGUUACCUUUGUGGAAACCCUUUGUAGGAAAUGUUGCUUGUCUUGUUGACGGGUGGGCAGGGUAGAAAUUACAGCAUCUUUGCUCUGUGAAUAUGGUUUUUUGUAACACAAGUUUGUCUUGACAGGUUGAUGAAGAAACAGACACUUGAGCAGGAAAUAGAUUUUUCAAGGCUGAGGACCAAAAUUCAACUGAAACUAUCAUCUGUGCACACAGCUGCAUGGUGCUUGGAAGAGGACCAACGAGGAUCAUGGCAAUUCUGGGGGAAAAGAAGGAUUGUGAAUUUGAAUGGUCUGAAUGACCAUGCGGAUAUGUACAGGACUUAAUAAAAUAAUAGGGCUGAAAACAUGA